AAAAAUCCGUGGCAGCUCCAGGGAGAGAACUCCUCCUACUAAAUUAUCAAAAAUGGGCUGGCUUUAGUCUCUUAACAAAUUGGACACAGCUCGGGCAGGAGCAGUCCCCAACCCAACCUACCGGCACUGGGAACUUUCCACGCAGCCAGGGACCGCUGAAAACAGCACUUCUUCCUCCCUCUUUGUAUUCAAAACUAUUUUCUCUCCGCACCAGAUUUUGUCCCCCCCCCCCCACGCUGCAGUUGUUUCCCAUUAGUAACUCGAUCUCCGCGAGCAGUGAGAUUCGCUCUCUUCGCCUGCUUUCCCCGCCGCCCGUGUUUGUUUGUUUUUUGCACAUCUCCUUCUGGGAGCUGGGGUCUUUCCCCCACCAAGCAGACCGAUUUCCACUCCGUCUGCCUCUUUCUUCUGCCCUCGCUCCCUCGUGCUCUCCUCGGUCCCCGAGCGCCUCUGCGCUCCUCCCGCGCGCGCGCGCGCGCGCAGCCCUCGGCGGUCCCGGCUGCUGCUUCCCUCGGAUGAGCUGAGAGCCGCGGGCGAGUGUAUAUGGAAAUAGUGGGCUGCCGAGCAGAAGACAACUCGUGUCCUUUCCGCCCCCCAGCCAUGCUCUUCCACGGGAUCUCUGGAGGCCACAUCCAAGGCAUCAUGGAGGAGAUGGAACGCAGAUCCAAGACCGAGGCACGCCUGGCCAAAGGCGCCCAGCUCAACGGCCGCGACGCGGGCAUGCCCCCGCUCAGCCCCGAGAAGCCCGCUCUGUGCGCCGGCUGCGGGGGCAAGAUCUCCGACAGGUAUUACCUGCUGGCGGUGGACAAGCAGUGGCACCUCAGGUGCCUCAAGUGCUGUGAAUGUAAGCUGGCCCUGGAGUCCGAGCUCACCUGCUUCGCCAAGGACGGCAGCAUUUACUGCAAGGAGGAUUAUUACAGAAGGUUCUCUGUGCAGAGAUGUGCCCGCUGCCACCUUGGCAUCUCGGCCUCCGAGAUGGUCAUGCGCGCCCGAGACUCCGUCUACCACCUGAGCUGCUUCACCUGCUCCACCUGCAACAAGACUCUGACUACGGGCGACCAUUUCGGCAUGAAGGACAGCCUGGUGUACUGCCGCGCCCACUUCGAGACCCUCUUGCAAGGGGAGUACCCGCCGCAGCUGAGCUACACGGAGCUGGCGGCCAAGAGCGGCGGCUUGGCCCUUCCCUACUUCAACGGCACGGGCACGGUGCAGAAGGGGCGGCCCCGGAAGCGGAAGAGCCCCGCACUGGGAGUGGACAUCGUCAAUUACAACUCAGGUUGUAACGAGAAUGAGGCAGACCACUUGGACCGGGACCAGCAGCCUUACCCGCCCUCUCAGAAGACCAAGCGCAUGAGGACCUCCUUUAAGCACCACCAGCUUCGCACCAUGAAAUCCUACUUUGCCAUCAACCACAACCCGGACGCCAAGGACCUCAAGCAGCUUGCCCAGAAAACAGGCCUCACCAAAAGAGUCUUGCAGGGAGAACAAAUCUUGGGGCAUUACAGCCAAACAUCCCGACGUUUGAAAAUUCCCUAAAGUAUUAAAAGAAGGGGAAAAGUUUGAUCGGAAAUCCACUGCAGUGAAGACAAAGACACUAUUAGGUUAUGAUAAUCAUACAUUUAAAAAUUUAUUGAGCCAAAAAGAGAGAGAGAGAGACAGAGACUUAAGUGUCAUUUACUGAAUGUUAACAAAACUUCUGUUCUUUACGGUGUCUAACACAAAAUGAAGGCUUAAAAUCAUGUGGCUUAAAAUGAAACCAGAUAAACCAGGUGCAAACCAGAGCAGCCUGGCAGUAAUAUGCCCACCCCAUAUUUGAAGAAAAUUAUUAUUGAAAAAAAUCCCACACAUUUGUCAAGCACAAAUAGUUGUAAAAUAAAGUCCAAAAGACGUUCAUUUCACUUGCUUGCUAAUGUGUAUCAGUCCUCUCUGUUCAUGGCAUUUUACAAUUGUAAAUUCAAAGAAGAGCUACCACUCAUUUACGAGUCUAGGGAUCAGACCCCAGUAACUUUAGUAUUAUUGUUUAUUACUUCCUUUUAAAACAGAAAUCUGUGCAUGCACCCUUAGAUCUGUCACCUCUAGUGUACAUCUCUGUAUGAUGACUUAUCUUUGCUGUUUCUUGUAUGAUAAAUAGCUUUCAUUAAUAAACAUUUUAUUUGGUGCAAACAUAGUUAACUUUAUGUUAAACAUAAGUUAAUUUUGAACACUGGCCUUAAGAGGCAGCCCAGCACACUUACAACUUGUUGUGUAUUUAGGACAAACUCCAAACAGUAUAAUGAGGUUACAUUCUGGCAGUCUAGGAUAAAAUUAUUUAUUUGGUUCUUAACUUUUCAUGACUUAUUUUCUUUUGUUUCAUUCCAUUGACAUGUACAUUAAAAAUAAAGAAACAAAGUAAACUGAAAUUGUGAUGAAAAUAAACCUCAGAAUAAGCUGUUAUGUAAAAUUCCAGCAACCUUUUCAAAUUAUUAGAGUAACAUUUAUAGAUCCUCUGAGUUUACAUGUUUGCUAUGCAAUGAGUGAGUUUAUUGAAGUAUACAAAUAUAUACUGAGCUAUGAAGAGAUCCAGUCUUGGCAUAGUUCAUGGGUCCAUACUGCAAACAAAAGAGCAAGUGAAAGCAAAAGAAGUAUUUAGGAAUGAGGUUUUUUAAUUAUUAAAGGGACUAUUUGAAGAAAGAAUUUUUUUUAUUCCUAGUUAGCUUUAUAUCCAAAGCAUAUGUUAAACAAAUUAACAUAUAAAAUACUUUCCAGAAAAUUUUUCAUAACGAUGAAAUUUUUAUUAUAUACAAAUGAACCGUAUGUAAAUGAUGUAACUUUUAUGAGUGACAGACAUUAAAUAUUUCACUUACACGUAUUCUCAGAAUUUUGAAUGUUCUCUUAAAUUCUUUCACUUCCUAAAUACUUAAGAAAGAAAUUUUAAAGAGAGAGCGACUUACUAACAAAAAAAGCAAUUGCACGUGACAAGUAGACCAAUGGAAAACACGUUGGUCUUGUCAGUAACUUGAUGUUUAUGCCUCAUUGAAACCUCCUCUAUGACCAUCGCAGUUUAAAUAGAUUUUCCAAUACUUUUCUAGCCAGUUGAUUCCAAUCUGUAUCCUACAGCCUUGCCCUCUUGCCUUGUUCUGUCACCUAUGGCAGUUUCAUUUAGAAACACUUUGGAACCUCGCCUGGUUUUACAGACCUUUAAAUAUUUGUCUGGUAUGUGAAAUGCGGGAAGAGACCAAAGAGGGAAAGAACAUAACUGAAAUUAGACAUCUGAAAAAAAUGAUACAAAUUUGAAACAGGCACUUUUUUUUUUUUUUUUUUGGUUAAAAAAAAAAGAAAGGAAAGGAGCACUAAUGAGUGGGAAGAGAAAAAAGUACGAGGUGGAGCGGGGCAGGCCAGCAUGCUUGGGCGACUGCACACGUGUUGUUUGGCAUGGCCUAGAAGAAUUCAGGAAGCAGGGCACCAGACUUUCUUAGCUGCUGCCUCCCUCUGCCUAGGCUCGUCUAACUCGUGGCAAAUGGAUCUGGGACAGGAACAGCUUUCCUGAGAGUGCCUGUGAGCUUUGGUUAAAUAGCCAUCUUCAUGCGGACUUACAUAGUGGGUAGGUUUUUGAUACCUCAAAGAAGGAUGGAAAUCUAUCAUUAAAGGGACCCAAAGCAAGCAUCUUUAAAAGCUUGGUGAUUUUUCAUUGCCUAGAAAAGAAAUUGCUUUAUUUAACAAAAUCCCAGCAGAACCCACUGUUCAUAAUUUGAAGUCAAAGCAAUUUUUUUUUGUUAUCCACACAUAUAAAUAGCAUUUUCUGGUGUGGUAUACCUGCAAGGGGUGUUGUGGUGGAAAGCCUUAGAAAUGGGAACUUUUGGAAUGGAAAUUUGGAGUCAUGUCAUUCUAGACUCUUAAAGAGAUUAUUAGGGAUAAUAUUGCUGUUCCAAAAGAGAAAUAUAAACACAUAAUUUUGUAUGAAGCUUUGCUAUUUAAUUUUUAACUAUGUCAUAAACAAGACUAGCUUUACUUAUAGAGAGACUGUGUACUCUCAAGGUGAUGAAAUACCUUUUACAUUUUAUGGUCUUUAGACAUCACGGUGAAAUAAAGACACUAGGACUUAGCAGAAAGUGAAGAAUUUUCAUUGUAUUUCUUUGAAGCCAUAUAUAUGGACAAGCUCUGGAUUGGCCUUUUUGAUCUGUUGUCUAUUUUGUAGUAACUAGGACCCAACUCUGAAUAUUGAAAUAAAUAAAAAUUCUCCCAUGUAAAGCCUCAGCCCUUUGCUUUACAGCCCAUGUCAAAAGUAAGAAGUGAUUUUCUUUGUGAUUUGCUUUAUUGAUUUUAAAUGCUUUCAUGAUCUUUAUUCUGCCCUCACAAUAUUUCUUUCAGAAUAAUAUUAUGGUUUACUUUAUCUUUAAAAAAAUUAUGACUCUAAGUUAAUGUAUUAUUUUGAAUGCCCUGUGGGGAGGUUUCCUUUUUAUCUUGCCUGGUUCCCUAGAAAAAAUAUACAAAAAAAAGUCAGAACUGUGCAUGAUAUCCAAGGAAAAGUCUCUGAAUAUAAGUGCAAUAUUAUUGCCACAACUAAAUUUCUUUUUAACUGUGUUGCAAAAACAGAUAUCAUUGCAUAUCGUUCCUCACUUGCAACAUUUCCCUGUGAAUAUUAAUAUUGUUAGUCCUUCCUUAUAAUGCAUCACGUCGAUAAAUUUCUCUUCCCUUGGAUUAAUUUUUGCCUCUUUUGCAUUGCAUUUUAUCUUGUGCUGAAGUGAUUAAAAGCAGGCAAGAAUGAAGAUCCAGGUCCUAGCCAUAUGUAGAAAGCUGCUGGUGUGCAUUUCUGUGUACUUUCCCCUCAACUAUUAGAAUGUCAGGAACAUAUUCCUCCCCUUUGGAACUUCCUGUUUACAUCUUGCAUGAUCUUAUAAAUUAUAUCUGAAGAGUAACUGGAUACCUUUUAUGGUUAUUUGAAAAUAAAAUUUGCUACAAAUAAGAA